AUGGGGGAAAUUGACCGAAAUUUCUAUGAAUCCUUAAUGUUCCAGAUCGCUACAAUUUCUCCAGGGAUGGCAUCAUGUGAAAACACUCUAAAUACAUUGAGAUAUGCAAACAGAGUAAAGGAAUUUGGAAUUAGUCCUUCGGACAUUCCCUUCUCACAGGGUAGUGGCAGUCGCUCUGAUCUCUCUCCUUCCUAUGAGUAUGACGACUUUUCUCCUUCAAUCACCAGGGUGAAGGAGCUGACGGUCGAUCCGAGUGCCACAGGAGACAUCCGUCCCAUUAUACACCAUGCUCCUAAUCAGAUCGAUGACUUGGAGACGCAGUGGGGUGUGGGGAGCUCUCCUCAGAGAGAUGAUCUCAAACUGCUUUGUGAACAAAAUGAAGAGGAAGUUUCUCCGCAGUUGUUUACUUUCCAUGAAGCUGUGUCACAAAUGGUAGAAAUGGAAGAGCAAGUCGUAGAAGACCACAGGGCUGUCUUCCAGGAAUCUAUUAGAUGGCUGGAAGAUGAAAAAGCUCUUCUUGAGAUGACAGAAGAAGUAGACUAUGAUGUGGAUUCUUAUGCUACCCAACUUGAAGCAAUUCUAGAGCAAAAAAUUGAUAUUCUGACCGAACUUAGAGAUAAAGUGAAAUCUUUCCGGGCAGCUCUACAGGAGGAGGAACAGGCCAGUAAACAGAUCAACCCGAAAAGACCACGUGCCCUUUGAAGUGGGCCUUUGCUGCUAAAGGAAUCCACGAAUCCGUACUGCUGUAGCACACAUUUGUUACAAAACCCAGUGGCCGUAAGAACUCAACUACUUGAAAGUGUAAAAACGUUAGAAAUGUCUGUGGAAAUGUCCUGUUUCUUAUUCACCUGAAUGACAUUUUCAGUUUUGUGUGAAAUGCUCCUAUGAUGUCUACAAAAUGCUUCUAGACCAGACAGCACAGCCAUGCAGGGUUCAGAUCUGUGAAGCACUUUGUUUAAAAUAUUUCAUUUAUUCAAAUGGUGAAUUUUCUGUUUGGAAAUAUCUGCCAUGUUAUUAAUAAUGAAGUAAAACUGUGGCCAUCAAAAAGUCACAGUAUUUCCUUUUGACUAUGUUCAGUUUUGUUACAAAGACCAGCUGUGCAGUUUUAAAUUGUGUUUGCGUGCAUGCACACCUCACUAGUGGUUGUACAUAACUUCUCUUCUACAGACAGCUGUGCUUACCUCUUCCCAUUCUGUGCCUUUAUGAAGGCUACUUAACCCUAAACAUCCUCUUUCUGAAGCACAGCCUUAAUAAACAACAUUCCUUAUUUGUCAAUAUAAAUUACUUUCAGUGUGUGUACAUUUUUAAUGUGUUUUGAAAUUUUCUUUUUUUGUGGCUAGUUUCAUUUCACAGGAUGUGCCAUAUCAUUUGACUAGGAACUGCAAGAGCUGUUAGAGUGGACAAACAGCUGGACAUUCCAUCCUCCUUGUAAAAAUCUGGAGUCUAGAUUUAUUUGAAUACCAUGAAGAAUGGGUAUAUAAUUCUAACAUUUUAUCUGUAAUAAUAAUAAUUAAAAAAAAGAACAAAAAAACCCACAAAUAUAAAUUAGUUGAUGUAUAAUAAAGGGUAAUGUUUAAGUACUGAGGAGAGUUGUAUCUUAGGAUAAUGCAGGUAUACAGUAUGUGGUAUGGUGUGGUAAUGCUGUCAGAGUAAAGGUACAAUCUGACCUCUGUGUAUGGAUAGGAUAACUGUCAAAGUUCAGGGAUCCAGCUAAAUACAUACAUAAUGGCCUUUCACAUACUGUUAAAAUUUGGCUCUUGAUGCAUGACAAACUUACAUGUACAUUAACUGUAGUUUGCAGGUAGUUUGAGUAGCUCUGUUGCU